AGAGACGCUUUUCAUGACUCGAGCUCAAGCUUGCAACUAGCUCGAUGCCGAUGCUCCGCGCCCGGCCCCCGCCUCGCCGCCCCGAGCCUGCCCAGGCCCAGCCUUACUUAAUUGUGUGAGUGACACGCAGCUAGGUAGCAGUCUCUUCAACCGAUAUACUUAUAUGGUACCGUACUUCUGGAAAGAUUUCCAUGGACGUACCGGUACGCGAACAUAACUUUAACACAUGAAAGGACUAGAGGCCAAAGAUGUUGAAUACAACUUGUAGAAGACUAACAACAUCCAGAACCAGAUGAUAGUAGAACUCAUCUGCCAUUAAUUUUGGAGGAUAUUUGAGAUCAUACCAGGGGGCUGUUACAGGAACGUUACAGAGACAAUCCUCAAUCAUGGGGGACAAACCAGGGAGUGCCAAGAGCAAGGGAAAGUUCUUUGAGCUGCGGGUAAAACUCUUUACCGAUGAAAUCUUUGUCAUGAAGGAGGUGUACCAAGAGAUGAAGAUACGGGCGCUUAAAUCAAAGAUGGAAUUUAUUACUGGUAUACCCAGUCAUCUGCAAAGACUGACUUAUCUUGAUGAAGCUGAUAUGAUGGACGAUAGCGAUGUCAAACAUCAUGAUAUAGUACCUGGUGCAAUUAUAAAUCUAGAUGUGUGGAAUACAUGGAAAAGCCUCAUCUCAGCUGCAGCAAAAGGGGAUGUGAAUCAGGUGAUGAAGCUUGGGGUUACUAAGGACACAACGUAUGAGACCCCAUCAUCGAAGACGAUGCGAGAGAAAUCAAGGCAGGCGUGGAUAGCAGACCGAGCGUUUGUAGCUCUUUGUAUAGCUGCUCACAGAGGUCAUGUGAACAUGGUCCAGAAACUCAUCGAAGGAGGUUCUGAUGUACAUGCCAAGACAGCUAAUGGCCGCACAGCCCUCCACAUAGCAGCAGCACAGGGAAUGAACAGCGCUGUCGAGGUCCUGCUCCACAAUGGUGCCACCAUUGAUGAUCCAGACUGUGAAAAUAAGUCCCCUCUGGUCCUUGCUGGCGUGUGGGGUCACAAGUCAUGCGAAAGACAGAUUUUCCUAUACCAGUGGCAGCAGAGGGCGGCAAAGCAGAAACCGAUCGCCCGCUCGAGUGGAAGAAUGGCCCACCAGAUGUAUGACUCCAAAUUGAAGACCUGGUACACGGGAGCCUACGCACAGAUGUACGCCACACAGAUACUGCCACCGGGAGAGUUCUCAGGGACAAGGCUUAAUGCACCGAGAAGGAAACACAGACCGCAGUCAGCUUCGAGUGGGUGGUCAAGCGAUGGAGAAAUUGAUGAUGAUGAUUGGCUUGUUGAUCAGGAUGAGGUGGGGACCCAGGUCAAACUGGGAAUGGAGACGUUAAAGAAUGUGCAAGAAGCAGAGGCAAGGGCAGCAGGAAAGAAAGGUUCAAAGACAGAUAAAGGAAAGGGUGGAGUAAAAGAUCGCAACUCAACCUUUGAAGAUUGGUUGUCAAGGAAACAGAACAAUGAACGUGAGAAGAUGAAAGGCAAAAAGAAAGCUGACGCCCGUUCAAAAAUGUUGGCCGAGGACAAGAAGAGGAGCAAUGCCGGGAAAGAACCUCCGAAGCAACGCUACGGCCUGAAUCCUAAAUCCCCUGAAAUGACGACCCCAGAUGAUGGAUCGUUUGAUAUGAUGAAGCUCAGGAAGGAGAUGAACAUCUUUAACCCUAUCGAGAUCAAAAACUGAGCACCGUAUGAAAAAGAUGGGGUAGGUUUAUUUGAUAAUUGAGAGGAUAAAACUGUAAGCAUGCAAUAGACCUAGUGAGUUUUUCAUGAAACUUUUCAUGAAGUUGCACCUUACAUAUUUAUGUAUUCAGAACGUGCAUUUGGUUUUAUCAGUAAUGCAUCAAGAAUUUCCAUUUAUUUUUAUGUACACUGUGCUUAAGGGUAGGUAGUGCCAUGCUGGAAAUUCAACCCCGGACCUUAACAUGUUUGAAGUUUGCCUCACUCCAUAGUCACACACUACUGAAAUGCCAUCUUGAACUUUUGGCUCUUGUACAUAAAAUCACUUGUAACCAUAGUAACAGCUUUAUGAAACACCACCAGAUCAGAGAAAAGGCUAUUGCUUCAUUUUAAUCUCAACUAUGGAAAGCCAGCAAUGACACAAAUAGAAUUUAAAACUUGCAAGCCAGUGUAGUACUUACUGCCCAAGGGGACAAAACAGUGGUCACAAUUUAAUAGUGGGUGGUCUUUCAAUUUUGAUGCUCACUUUUCAGGUUUGACUGUAAAUUAGAGAGAAUCAAGGUCAUCAGUAAGUCCCUAAAAAUGAAUUUUGAGAUUUUUAAUGAGCUUGAAAAGGUACACUCAAGGUCUUAAAAAAACUUGUCAAAAUGGAUCAACUAUAACCCUCUCAAAUACGUGAUUGAAUGUAGAAAAUAUCCAGCAAGAGCUUUAUAGAAUUUUAGGAAGAAUUAAGGUUUGAAGUUUGGGGUUCAUUCAAGAAUGAGAUGUGCACAUUGUGCAAUCUAGGUAAAACUGCUAAGCAGUCUGGAAAAAAAUGGUGUCAAAGAAACUCUUAUAUCUCACCUUUUAUAUAACUAUACAACUUCAAAUAUUGAAAGUAUUUAAAAGAAGAAUUACUCUUUCAGGUAAGCUGAUUUUCUGAUUUUUACUUUUGGAAGAGCAAGCUGUUAUUUGGUUAUUAUAAAUCAAGAACCUUCCCUGGCAACUUAUUCUUGGUUUUGGGGUGGUUGUUCACUUGAUAUUGAACAAGCAGUGAUCUUCUACAGUGUUUCUUUGUAAAGGAGAUUGUGUACCCCUUCUCCAUGAUAAAGUAAGUCAUUACAUGCUUACAUACACCAGUUUGGCCGUAAUCAGUCCCAGCUCACUAUAUGAUUGGGUCAGCCGGUUGAUAUUUGGUUAACCUUGUCACCUCAAGUUUUCAGAUAUUUUUAUAUGAAGCCCUGCCAUUUUGAGCAUUGUAGGACAAUCACUGGCAAAAUAAUUGAAAUGCUCAGCGGAUUUCAGGGGAUGGCUUGAUAGCAUAAUUUGUCAGUGAUUACCACCGAUAUCAAGCUACUGAAAUCCUUCCAGCUGAUUGGCCAGGAUCAAAUUUGUCGAUGAAAAUCACUGAAAAAAGAAAACUUUAUACUGAAAUACUCUUCUUUUGUCAGCUGUGAUAUUUGUGUCACCUUUCAGAAGAUUGUCAAAUCAUGGAAACAAAUAAGUACUCAUCACAACAGGUUUUUACAAUCUUGUUACAAUAUUGGUCUCUCUCUGUGAUGGCAAAGAUUGUUUUGAUCUGCAUGCACAAGGCACAUGCAUUGUGAAGAUUCACAAUGCAUAGAUCGUGUACAGAUGGUCCAUAUUCAUUUGGUCUACAAGUAGUCGGUCUACUUCCUAGAUAGACUUUUGGUCCGUUUUCAAUCAUUUAGUCUACACUACACAUUGUGACAUACCCACUUAGUCUAAUUUAUAGAGAAGUGGUGUUGAUUUUAGAUGAGAUGGGUGUAGCCAAACAAAAUGAUAAAUGGGCUAAAUCAUAGUAAU